CUCAACUCUCAAUCUGCGUCGUUAAAGUGAGAAACUUUGUCGUGUUGUUCAAGGCCUUCAAUUUGAUCGUUCAAAGCUCGAAUUGUACUCACAGAAACAAAUACAUGAGACAAAAUAGCAUCCGUCACCAACCAAAAGAAGAAAAAAGAAACAACUAACUUCGUUAUUAUUAUUCUGUAAGUUGUUUCAAUAACCAUUUUCUGUUCUGUGUUGUUUUAGUCGAUUCAUUUCAGAGGUUCAAUUUUGUCUCUCUAUGUCUUCUGAUCUCUAUGCUUUUGACACUACCUUUUACACACAUUCAAACUCAGACUCGGUUUCCUCUGAUGGAGUUGGAGACCUUCCUUUUCUCUCGGAAUCUUUUCCUUUCUUCGCCAAUUCUCAAGAGAAUUCCAAUGCUCUUUAUAAUUCCCUCGACCCGUUUUCCCCUUCUUUUUUCUCUUUCUCACCUCCAAGUUCCCACUUGGAAAGCCUUAGCCUUUACCAUGCUAACCACGUGCAGCCUCUGUCAAAUGGCCAAAACUUGGCAAAUGAAUUUGGAAGCUUCUCAGCUUUUGAUGGGUCUGAAGUGAAAACUGAGGAAUGCCAAAUGGGUGUUGAUUAUGUCUACGGUCAGCAACUCCUUCCUCACAGUCACAGUUAUAGUGGUGCUGAGAAUUUUUCCAAGUACAUGCUGAGGAGCUUCAGCAGCAACUCCUACGAAGGGAAACCUUACAGUGACACUCGCGAGGAUUCUACAAAAUUUCAAAGCCAUGAGAUGAGUUCCCCUGAAGACACUGUCUUUGGUGGACAAAUGAGAAGGGUUUGCAGCACAGGAGAUUUGCAGAACAUGAAGGGAAAUCACAUGUCUCCAACGGAGGCGCCGUUGUUGGAGGAAUCGAACUUCAAAGUAGGGCGUUACAGUGCCGAGGAAAGAAAAGAAAGAAUUUCUAAAUACAGAGCCAAGAGAACCCAGAGGAACUUCAACAAAACCAUUAAGUAUGCAUGCCGAAAGACACUUGCAGAUAAUCGACCACGCAUACGUGGUAGAUUUGCCCGCAACGACGAGGCCAGCGAAACUCCCAAGGUUUCAUGUUCCACCCGAGAUGAAGAUGAUGUCGAUUUCUGGAUGGAAGAAUUGCGAUUGCAUGAAGAGCAAGACGAUGUAACAGUGGUAACAGAACAGUAUUUAAUUGAGAAAUUAUGGAGCUAGCCAGUUUCAAUACGGUGGCUUUUGAGUUUUAGAACACUGAAUUGAGCCUUAAGGAAAGUUCAGGCUCAUAGUGCUUUGUCAAGGAAAAGCCUCCAUAAGUAAUUUUAGGUGCAGAUGAUUUUUUUUCUUCCUUUUUUUAUGUUCAAUUAAAUAAAAUAUAUCGAUAAGUCCGUGUACGUGGAAUCUGAGAUGUUCCGGAGGACAAACAUGAAAUUGGGUUGUUAGACAAGGAUGCCCCGGUUAGAUUAGUUGUAGUUGCACACUUGCACCCCUAUAUAUUUUUUUAUUCCAAGUUAUGAUUUACCAAUUGAUUA